AUGCCUCAGUCUCCCCGUGGGCUGCUUGGGAAGCCCUUUCAGGAGAAAGCUCAACCCUGUGCAGGCUCACAGGCCUCCCCCCGUCAACGCCUCUGGGGGCUCCUGGAGACCGAGCCGCCCAAGGCCCUCAGCACCCCCCUGCCCCCUGGGGCCCUGACCCUCCUGGGGUUUGACUGCACAGUCUCUGCUCCCAGGUGGCUUCACUCCUGGCUGCGUCCCGCGCUGCUCUGUCCGGCUCCUGUCUGUCCGGAAGCCAGAGCAGCGGCUCUGACUACCUCAGUGAUCCUCAGAACCUCUGGAUGGGCUGCAGCCCCACCUCACCGCACCCCAGCCCCCACUCCCUUGCCCCCAGACACAGGGCCAGAGAGCCGUGCUCCAGUCCCAGCAGUCCCAGUGCUGCUUCGCAAGUCCUGGCUCCCCCAGUCGGAAACCAGCUGGUCUGACCCUGGAAGGAUAUGCCUCCAUUACUGUGAAGUUUUAUUUAUGAAGAAUUCGGAGGGAGAAGGCUCCAGGCCUCGGAGGGUGGCGGGAGAGGUGGUGUUCUUCCCUUCCCUUAUUUCAGCAAGACAUCGCCUGCCUCCGCCACUCUUGUCCCCUCAGCCCCGCCCCCACCCCAGGCACACACCCCCAUGCCCAUCACAGCUCCCCCCUCAGCCUCCAGAGCCAUGCCCACCUGCAAGCCUACUUCUCCAGGCCCUGAGCAGACCAGCAUUGGCCCCUGUGAAGGGAUGGAGUGACUUGGUGCCCACCCCACUUGGGUUCAGGGGUUCCUGGGGGAUGGCUGCAGAAGAUGUCACCUUGCAUCAGGGUCAAGUCCCCUGGGAAAAGUGA